UGAAAUGCGUCUUCUAAACAAGGACCUGCGGCUUCAAGACGUCACCCUCAUGUACCUCACCGUUUUGGCCACUGUGGUGGUGCUGUUGGUGGCAUCCUACCAGGCUCCUGCUAUCCACUCCAGACCCACCCUGGCCUAUCACAUCCCCUUAGAUCCCUCCGGUCAGCUGGAGCUGUCUUGGAACAUCAGCUAUCCCACCCAGGAAGUCUACCUUCAGCUGAGGGUUAAGGAGCUCCACCACGGCAUUCUGCUCGGCAUGUCUGAUCGAGGAGAACCCACAAAUGCAGACCUGGUGAUUCUCUGGGAUGACGGUCACAAAUCAUAUUUUGGGGAUGCAUGGAGUGACAGUGAAGGUCGAGUGAUGUUAGACACUCAUCAGGACUAUCAGCUGCUUGAGACUCAUCAAUCCACUGAAGGCUUCUUCCUGCUUUUCAAAAGACCAUUCAGCACCUGCGACCCACGAGACUACAUCAUAGAGGAAGGCACUGUUCACUUCAUCUAUGCCAUACUGGAGCAUCCAGUCCUGUCUUUACAUGAGCUCAACAUGUCCCGCCUUCAGCCUGGUGUCCAGCGAGUCCUUCUCUUGCGUCCAAACACUCUCCCCCCUUCUCUCCCGAGAGAUGUACGGACCCUAGAGGUCCUGGCGCCUGAUGUCAUCAUCCCCACACAAGAGACCACCUACUGGUGCCACAUCUAUCAGCUUCCCCCCAAUAUGCCCAAGAACCACAUUGUCAUGUAUGAAUCAGUGAUCACUCCUGGUAAUGAAGCCAUCGUUCAUCAUAUCGAGGUGUUUGAAUGCUCCCCACAGAUGGACACCGUUCCACAAUACAGCGGCUCCUGUGACUCUAAGAUGAAGCCUCGUAAACUCAAUUACUGCCGCCAUGUUCUGGCUGCCUGGGCCAUGGGAGCUGAGCAAUUCUAUUACCCUGCUGAUGCUGGUUCGCCUCUGGGAGGAGAUGGAUCUUCUAGGUUUCUUCGUCUUGAAGUUCAUUACCACAACCCUCUCCUUAUAUCAGGACGAAGGGACUCCUCAGGCAUUCGUUUAUGGUACACUCCAUCUCUGAGGAGGUUUGAUGCGGGCAUCAUGGAGCUUGGGCUAGUGUACACCCCUGUCAUGGCCAUUCCCCCCCGCCAGCGCGCUUUCCAGCUGACUGGCUACUGCACCGCCAAGUGCACACAGACGGCUCUUCCUGCAGGGGGUAUACAUAUCUUUGCAUCCCAGUUACACACUCACCUGGCCGGGCUGGGGGUGAGAACUGUCCUGGUACGAGGAGACAGAGAGGUGGAGGUGGUACAAGAGGACAAACAUUUCAGCACACAUUACCAGAUCAUUCGUGUAUUGAAAAAGAUGGUGACUGUUUUGCCGGGUGAUGUUCUUUUGACAAAGUGCACGUAUAACACGGAAGACAGGAACAAAGUUACUGUGGGUGGUUUUGGAAUUAUGGAAGAGAUGUGUGUCAAUUACGUGCAUUACUACCCUCGUACACAGCUGGAGUUGUGUAAGAGCCAUGUGGACCCGGAUUACCUACAGAAAUACUUCAGCCUCAUCAACAGGUUUCAGGGACGUGAUGGUUGCAGCUGUCCCCAGACCAGUGUGGAAGAUCAGUUUUCCUCAUUAACCUGGGACAGCUUCAAUGGGGAGGUGCUGAACUCCCUUUACACCACUUCACCGAUCUCCAUGCAUUGCAACCAAUCCACAGCUGAGCUGUUCCCUGGACAAUGGGAGAAACAGCAGAUACCAGUGGUCACCGCAGAGCUCCAGAGAGCCCCUUACCCAUGUGAAUUAAGCCAGCAAGCAGCCUCUCAGAAUGAUAACCCUACAGAGGUCAAGUCAGACAGCAGUGGCUGAUGCCCCAGACACAUUGCUGCCUCCUA